AUGUUUGACAACACGCAGUACCCCUAUAACUGCUUCAAUUAUGAUGGGGAUGAUUAUCCUACCUGUAGCUCUGACGAAGAGAAAAAAUUCACCAGACCAGCGUACAGCUACAUUGCCUUAAUUGCAAUGGCCAUCCAGCAAAGCCCUUCAAAUAAAGUCACCCUCUCUGGCAUUUAUGACUUUAUAAUGAAGAAAUUUCCUUACUACAGAUCAAAUCAAAGAGCCUGGCAGAACUCCAUCCGACAUAACUUAUCGCUUAACAGUUGUUUUGUGAAGGUUCCCAGAACAGAAGGGAAUGAGAAGGGGAAAGGAAACUAUUGGAGCUUUGCAGCAGGAUGCGAAUCCAUGCUGGAUCUCUUUGAAAAUGGGAAUUACAGGAGAAGACGGAGGAGGAGGAAUGUGAAAAGGGAGCACAAGGAGCAGAGACCGGGCAGAGUGAAAAGUCCUUCGUCCCCCAAUACCUCUUCUGUGGACUCUGCUUUGAACAAUGUUUCCUCCUCUGAAAGUAAGCAUGAAAGAAUUGAACCGGGCCCAAAACUUCUGGAGCCUUGUGGGUUUGCUCCAAACAGCGUGACCAACAGGCAGAACCUAAGCAAUUCCUCCUUGGCAAAAUCGGAUUCUGAAAUCAAAUUUAGCAUCGAUUACAUCCUCUCAGCCCCCGACCCUUUGCCUGUCCUGAGAUCUCAGUAUAACAUGCAAGAAAGUAAAUAUCACCUACUGGAGGCCCCGCAUAUUAAUCUCCAGUUCUGGACAAUGUGA